AUGAAGAAAUGCAAUGCUUGUCUAUCGGUGAUUGAUAACGAAGAGUCGCUUAUAUGUUCAAAAUGCUAUCAGCAUUACCACGAAUCUUGUAUUCAAUCUACGUUUGGAUCUGCUUCAUUAACAGAUAUAACUAACUGGAUGUGUCCCGACUGUCAACCUAGGAACGAAAAUGCCGAUAAUACCCCAAUACGGCCUAAUUUGAAAUCUAAACAAAUUCGUGAUGAAAAUGUCAAUCGCCGAAGAGGAGGUACAGUGGUAAAUGUCCAACCGCUUACCCCUAUCACAGUAGUUGAAGUUCGGGAAAUUGUGAAAUCGGAAAUUAAGGAUCUUUUAAAACAUCUUAAUGAUACUAUAGCCAGUUUUGUUAAUAUCGAAUUAAAAUCAAUAAAAGAAGAUAUAUCGCAAGUGAAGGAGUCAAUGUCAUUUUUGAAUGAUAAAUAUGAAAGCUUCAAGACAGAUUUAACGGAAAAGUUUAAUACUCUGACAGAACUCAGGAAGGAAAAUAGCCAUCUUAAAUCCACCGUGCAGGACUUAAGUACGAGAAUUAAUUCCAUGGAACAACAGGCGAGAGCUAACAAUGUGGAAAUCCAAUCUUUACCAGAACACAAAGGCGAGAAUUUAGUGUCCACUGUCAUUAAUCUCAGUAAAGUGAUAUCCUGUGAUAUAAGCGAGAACCAAAUACAUCAUGCUACUAGAAUUGCAAAACGCGACACAAAUAGCAAACGCCCGAAGUCUAUCGUUGUUCAGUUCAACUCUCCACGCACUCGAGAUACUUUUCUGGCAGCUUCAAUUAUGUAUAACAAAGCUAAUCCAAAUGAGAAAUUAAAUAGUAAUCUACUUGGCAUAGGAGGUGCCAAGGAGAAUGUCUAUGUUGUCGAGCACUUAUCUCCGACGAAUAAAUAUUUACAUGCUGCAGCCCGAAAGAAAGCAAAAGAAUUGAACUAUAAGUUUGUUUGGGUUCGCAGGGGUAGAAUUUUCAUGAGAAAGUCAGAAACCAGCGACUAUAAAUAUAUUAGAGACCUCGAAACUUUAGAUAGUCUUAGUUAG